GAAAAGUUAAAUAGCUUAACACAAAUAUUUACAUAAAGUUUGAAUACUAUUUAAAACUUUAAAAUGGUUGAAACAGAUUGGAGAGAAAUUCUGAACUACUCUCAAAAAGAAUUAAAGCAAACGGAUAAAGAAAAACUUUGUGAAAGCCUCUCUUGGAUGGAAGCUGAUGAUAUAGAGCUGAACUUUUCUGAUUUAAAAUCAUUAUUUAGACUUGCCCAAGAUAUGUUGAAAUUUAAAAGUGAACAGGUAAACAGUCUUCUCAGUCAGGUAGAAACACUUAAGCGGAAAUAUGGGAAGGCUAAAGGAAAAAAUGUCACAAUGGCCCACUUAUUGGGAAUGUGUGUGAGUCCACUUAUUAGGAACAGUUUGAGCUACAUUUUUUUUGUUUGUUUUGCACAAACCGAUAGAACUUAUUCACGUAGACUAUUCUUAGAUUCUCCUGCGAGGGACGUGUUAGAAACAACUCAACAUGACGAACUACUUAAAGCUAACAAAGAAAUAUUGGAGAAAUUGUAUUCAGAAAUCGCAGAGUUAGAACGUCGUAAAUCCAAAUAUAUGGAGGAAGAUAGUGAAUCUAGUCGCGAUGCUUUAUCAGAAAUGGGUGCUAUUGCACAACUUGAAGACGAAGUAGUUAAAAAGAAUAGACACAUAAGAAAACUACUAAAUGACGUGAAGACACUUGAGGAAGAAAACGCUACUUUAAAGGAAAAGCUGUCAGUUUUUAAAGAUAAACUUAAAGAAUCCACAUUGGUUAUUGAAAAUUUAACUGAACAGUUAUUUACACUUAACAGUGAAUGUUCACAAUUAAAAAUUGCUCUAGGAAAUUCUGAAGAAGAAAAGAAUCGCUACAAAGUAGAUAUUGAAAGUUCAAACAAAAAAAUACAAGAUAAGACUUCAAAGAAAAAUGUAGUCCAGGAGGAAUUAAAAAAUAAACUUCAACAAUUUAAGGAUAUAAUCAAAGAACAAAAUAAUGAAAUAAAACAAUUGAAAAUGGAAAAUAUCAUUAAAAAAGAGGAAAUUACCAAACUAAAGAACAAUAGUUCCCCAUCAAAACAACAUGAAAACCAAGAACUAAAAGUUAGAGAAUUGCAAGAGAAACUAGAAGAAGCAUCAAGACAAAUGAUAGAGUCGGCUGAACUCAUUAAUAUAUUAAAAAAGGAAAAUCAUAAUCUCAAAAAGAAUAUAAAAUUCAGUCCUUGUGAACAUGAACAAAAAGUUGAUGUUAAAGACACAAAAGAAAAAAAUACAAUUAAAUCUUUACAAAAACAAAUAAUGAGAAUGACAUGUGAGUUGCAUGGAGCAGAAGAGAUGAUUGCUUUAAGAGAAAAGGAGCUCACUGAAAUCACAGCUCAGUUACAACUAUUGCAAACAGACAAUGGUAUAAGAACUCUUUUAAUUGGAUUAAAGAACAAGAAACAACAAAUGAGAGUCAAGGAUGAUGGAAUUAAGUCCCUAGUUGAAGAGGUUAAUAGUCUUAACCAACAGUUAAAUGAUAUACAAAUUGAAAAUGAAUGUAUGAGGGAACAACUCAAUCUUCCUAUAAAUGAAAAAGUCAAUACAACUGGAUUUCUAAAAGUAUACUACGAUACGAAACAAGAGAACGUCGUACUGACACAGAAAUUAAAGGAAAUUGAAAAUAAACUUUUAACUAUGGAAGUCGAGAACCGUGUGAACGAUAAACGAAUAGCAAAAUUGGUUAAUGUUCUAAAAAAUAUGCAAUAUCCAAAGGAAAAACUCGAUACAAUCUUGAAUGAUGACGAUGCUAUGGAAGAUUCGUGUAUUAAGCAGAAAAGGAAGAAAUCCCUCGAUCAAGGUGAUAUUACCGUUUCAUCCAUUCCACAAGAGUCCUCUGAUUAUCAAAGAAUCCUUGAAGAGAACGAAGCUCUACGUUCCAGCUUGUCUGAGAUUUUAAACUGUUUGAAGGAUAACAGUACUACAACUUCCGGUAUUCUGACAUUGGAGUGUCCAAGUCUAGACUCAGUAUUACAGUCGAUGGAGGCUCGUAAAAUAGCGGGUUGGUUUGCUCCUCACAUGAAGACGGUCUUGGAAUUGAGGACUGCGCUCGGUGGAAGGGAUGCACUCCUAACUGCCUUACAUGAAUCCAGGAAGGAAACAUUCGAAGUAAUGCACCAACUGUCUAAAGAAAGUAAAAAAGCUAUUGAACUAGAGAAGGAAUUAACGGAACUCAAGUCUAAUGUAGAGGCGGAAAAGGAAUCGGUAACCUUCAGUGAUGGCGAAUUUGGUCCUUGGAUAUUAGAAAACGAAUACAAUAUAGAUUUUGAAGACACAGAACAAAUACAAAAUAUACUCGCGAAGGGAGAAAAAAUAUAUGAAAACCAAAUUAAAUAUUGCCUAACAUAUUUCCAAAAUAAAUUUAAAACACUAUACGAAAAACUUACUAAUCUAGUUAUUACGGUUAAAGAAGAGAAAAAUAAGUGGCUCAAACAAGAAGAAAACUAUAAAAUAGAAAUAGUUAAACUGAGAGCGCAAAUGGAAGACGACAUAAGUGAACCAUCUCCGGGACUCGUAGAAAACUCAAAUCUGGCGAUUAAUUUAAAAUGUAAUUUCUUGCAAGAGAAUUACAAAUAUUUAAGGACGUUGAAUGAAAAUUUAACAAAUGAAUGUUUGGAGAGCAAAAAAGGAUCUCUUAUAACCAUUUCGGAUUAUGAGAGAAAAGUACAAGAUUUAAUGGCGGUUAUAAUUAAUAUAACGGAUAGAUUACGUCACUCAAUACCUAUUGAUGUGUUUUGGAGACAAAAUAAUUUACUCAAUGAGUGUAAUUUAAAAUAUCGGAAGUUACUUGAAAAUAAUACCAGUGAUUGUAUGAAAAGUGUAGACUUUUUGGCAAAAUUGAAUAAAACUAAAGCAGAUAUCAUGAAGAGUUUUGAGGAUCAAUUGAGAAAUGGUAACAUCGAAAACACACGCAGUGAGUUUCAAAAUUCGAUCGCUCAAAAACAACUCGUUUUGUUAUCAAAUGAAUUAGACAGUAAGACCAAGGAAAUACAACAGCUGAACACAACUAUAGAAGACCUUCAAAAAGCACAAAAUCAAUUUAUAAACCAAUUGUCUUCUACGUUAACGGAUGAAGAGAUGAAAUCAAUGAAAGAAGAUCUAAAAACGGUUUCAGAUGAAAACAAAGCUCUUAAGGAACAUUGUCAACAUCUAAAUUCAAAGUUGGACCUCGUCACCACACAGUUACAAGCGUAUACUCAAAAGGAAUUAACAUCAGAAGUAGAACUUGACUUUCUACGACAUCAAAUAUUAGACUUACAAUCAAGUGGCCAAAAGGCAGUGGUAUCGAGACUAAGCAACGAAAUUUUAAUAUCUCAUUUGCAAGCGACGGAAAAUUUGCAUAAAGUGGAAAGUCUUAAAUUAUCAUUAAAUAAGGAAAGACAACUCAGAUUAGACGUAGAAGACAUUUUACAUAAGCAACAGAAGAAAUUUGAUAUUUAUGUCACACGAAAUAAUUUACAAUUCAGAAACAUGUUCGACAUAAUAGAAGUAUUAAGGAAUCAAUAUCAGGGAAUAAUACCAACUAUUUCGAUUGAGAAUUAUUUAAAAAGUGUAGAAGAAUCAUAUCGCAAAAAUGUUGAAGUUGAUGCAAAGUUAAACGAUAUUGAAGACAUACGGAAUAAUUUGAUGAUUAAACAUACUGUUUGCGAUCAGAUACUGAAUCUGAAACCAAAAUGUGGGGAUGCUUGCCCUCAUAAAAUAAAAUACAUGAUGUUGGAAAAAUCCAAUGUACUGGAACUAGAUCAUUGCAACAAAAAGAUAGCUACAAUCGAACAGUCACGUGACCAUUUACUACAGCGGUAUAAUAAAUUAGAAAAAACGCUACUUUUAAUCAACCAGGGAUUCAAACCUAAAACAUUUGAAAAGACCAUUAAUACUCUAUGUACUAAUGAUGGUUCAGUGGAAGUGGAAGAUGUACAGUCCGAUUCUGAAUCGAAUGAUAAAGGGAACGAAACUUAUACCUUAUCUCCAAAGAGUGAAAAAAACUCUCCAAUAAUUCAAGAGAAAAUAAUUGAAACCAAAGCUGUUUAUACACAAACAAUUAUUAAAACAGAAAACAAAGAAAUACAAGCUAAUGAUCAAGCUAUCAAAGAUCUCAAAAGCCAAAUUGAAAUAUUAAAAAGUGAAAAGAAAAAAUACGAUCAAAAAUUUAAUGAAAUCUUAGUCACGUAUAAAGAACAAUCACAAGACAUGAGUCUAUUACGAAAUAAUAUAAAUCAAGUGACGAGAGAAAAAUCUGACUUAGAAGAGAAUUUAAAAAGGUUAAAAGAUUCAUACAAAGAUAAAAAUGUAAUAUGCCACAAUCUCCAAACCACAGCAGAUAAUUUACAAAAACAAUUAAAUGAUUUAAGAAAUAACGAAACUGCCCGAGCGCAGAGCAAAACUGAUGACGAAAAUAAAAGUCUUCUACUAAUCAAAAAGCUUGAGAAUGAUAAAAAAUAUAUUAUAGAGGAAUACAAGAAUUUGUUGAAUAACGAGAGAGAUGAAUUUGCCAAAUCAAUACACGAAUUUCAAACGAAAAUCGCCGUGUUGCAGUUAGAAUUAGAUAAUAAAGGAAACAAUGUCUCAGAGAAACCAGUACCAGAGAAGUUAAAUACAAAAAUCGCAGAGUUAGAAGAUAAAUGUUUUAAAUUGAACACGGAGUUGGAAACAUGCGAGUCGGACCUGAAAACGUGUAAUGCUGAAUUGGAACGUUGGAAAAAUUUAGCUUCGGAAAGACUUACGAAAAUGGAGCAUUUAAGCAAUCAAUUGAAGGAGCGGCACAACCAAGAAGUGGAUUCAUAUAAAGCAGAGAACGAACAUUGGCUUCUGCAAUUGAAUGAAACUCAGCGCGAACACGUAGAGUUGAGAAAUAAGCUCGGAGAACAAAAAUCCUUGCACAUAAAACAAAUGGCUGAAAAGGACGCACAUAUCGAACACCUACGCUCCGUUAUCAACAAUCUUAAGACUCAAAUAAUUAACAUGCAAACUAUGAUCUCGAUAAAUGAUCCAAGUUUUGAUCUCUCCGCCAUUGUGGAGGUUGAAGAAGCGAGCGACGCGAUCUCACAUCAAGACUCAGACCGACUGGAGCUGAAGUUCGGUUCAACGGGCGAUCUUAAUGAACAAGAUGACCUGAAGUUUCCUAGCAGUUCAACAGCUAUAUGGCAGGAGCCGUUAAUAGAAAGGUUACGAAGGGAAAAACAACAAGUCAGCAAACAAAAUGCAAUUCUACGGAAGCAGAUAAAAGUGCUCGCUGGGAGAGAACGACGAGCACGCCUCGACGCACAAAAUCUUAAAAAUCAAGUAUUUAGAAUAAGCACAUCCGGUAACAAAGUGUCAUCAGUAGAAUCAGCCACCCUCCAGAACAAAAUCGCAUCAUUACAAGCACAGCUGACAAGUGCAAGAAGAGACGCGCAUUCCACUGUUGCUCUUUGGGAUAAAUGGAAGAGGGCACAACAGUCGUCGGAUCGUUGGCAAACCAAAUACGAAGAGAAAUGCCAAGAGGUUAUAAAACUUGAGUCCAGUUUAAAUCUAGCGAGAUCAUCUAUUCAGAGGUUGGAGAAGGAAAAACGCAUGCUCUUAUCAAGAUUAGAGGCAAAAAAUACAAAAACCCUAGCUAUAGAAAAACAUGACUGUGAACCAUCAGAGAAGUCAGCAAGACCAGACUACUGCGAGAUGCCGCCCGUUUCUACUAAGGCUUUGGUUGAAAGAAUAGAAGCCCAACAGAGAAGAAUUGUGGCACUAGAGUUUGCGGAGAAGGGUAAUGAACCCCUAGUGUCUGAGUACGAGAAAUCGUUGGCAGAAAUAACAUCGCUCAAGGGUCAAGUGCUCAAACUGGAGUCGGCGCUACUCGAGGCUCAAAUCAAAUCCCCGCUCAAGUCUAGUCAAGAUUACGAACCCGAACUUGAAUAUUGGAAAAGUUAUUGUGAAAUGCUGAAGGAAGAAAACGUCCAGUUAUCACUGCGCGUGAGUUCUUUAGAAUGUGCGCCUGCGUCUUCACAACGGGUCAACGACUUGGAACAGACUGUUCUUACAUUAAGAGGUUUAGUUAGUAAAUUACAAGCGGAACAAAAAUCAUCACACGCCAUCUCUAAGCGACCCGACUCCCGACCAACGAGUGGACGCAACUCUCUGGAUAGAAAUCGCAACACAAACUCAGACUCUUUAAGAAUUGAGAUUUCCAAUCUGAAACAGAUCAUUCACGAAAAAGAUUUGCUUCUGGAAAAAUCAAAGGAAAUGCUGAAAAUCGCUGCAGACAGGGAGGAAGAUUUGCUUCAAGAGAAUGUGAUAUUACGACGACGCUUAGAACAUGUGACUGAUAAUCAAGGUGGAGCGUUCUCGGCGUGAAUGAAAAUACUACUCUAUACCAACAAUUUUUAAUCUUCUAAGUAAUUACUGAAACCCAGUAUAGAAUUUAAGAAAUAUCGUGUAUCAUUAAAAAAAUAAAUAAAAAUACAUUUUCAAUUAAAAUUGUUUAUUUAUAUAAACUGUCCAUGUCUUAACUACAUAAAUACUUAAUAUCUAUGAAGUACUUCAUACACAAACAAAUACUGUUUGCAACAAUAGUGUGUUAAGUACUACAAUAAAUUGCACAUGUCAUGUGAACUUAAACAAAUAGGAAACUUAAUUAAUUAAAUAUGUACAGUGAAAAUUGUUCAUUAAAUGCCUUAUAUAAAA